AAUUGUUGCUUUAAUAAUACGACUCUCCUAUCCUUUUGCAACGUAUGCACAUAGUCAACAAAAUAACAAUGGAGCGAGUAUCCACUAUAAAUAUAAAAUAAUAGUAACAGUAAUCAGAUAUAAUGGUGUUUGACGGAGAAGCGGCGGCGUCGUUGGUGAAGGAGCUGAGGUUGAGCUUCAAUUCUGGUAAGACAAGAAGUUAUGAAUGGAGAAUAUCACAGCUGAAGGCUUUUUUGAAGAUGGUUGUUGAACAAGAGGAUCAAAUUGUUGAAGCUCUUCGUUCUGAUCUUGCUAAACCACCACUUGAAACCGUUGUCUAUGAGAUUGGUAUGUUUAAAAACUCAUGUGAAGUCACACUAAAGGAAUUGAAACAAUGGAUGACUCCAGAAAAGGCUAAAACUUCAAUCACAACUUUUCCUUCUUCGGCUGAAAUAGUACCUGAACCACUUGGUGUUGUGUUAGUCAUCUCUGCAUGGAACUAUCCAUUUUUGCUAUCCCUUGAUCCAGUUGUUGGAGCUAUAGCAGCUGGUAAUGCCGUGGUUCUAAAACCAUCAGAAAUCGCUCCAGCCUCCUCUACACUGUUGUUAAAAUUGUUAGGGGAGUACGUGGAUAAUUCAUGUGUAAGAGUUGUGGAGGGUGCAGUUGAUGAAACUACUGCAUUGUUACAACAAAAGUGGGACAAAAUUUUAUAUACAGGUAAUGGAAAAGUGGGAAGGAUAGUGAUGGCUGCUGCUGCAAAACACCUUACACCAGUUAUUCUAGAGCUUGGAGGAAAAUCUCCAACUGUUGUUGAUUCAAAUGUCAAUUUAGAGGUUACGGCUAGGCGGAUAAUUUCAGGUAAGUGGGGCUGCAACAAUGGACAAGCCUGCAUUUCUCCUGAUUACAUUAUAACAACAAAAGACUUUGCUCCCAAAUUGGUAGACGCCUUAAAAAUUGAAUUAGAAAACUGCUUUGGAAAGAAUCCAUUAGAAUCUGUUGAUUUGUCGCGCAUUGUGAGUUCUAACCACUUUGCUCGCUUGACAAAGUUCUUGGAUGAUGAUAAGGUUUCUGGCAAGAUUGUUUUUGGAGGCGAAAAGGAUGAAAGCAAAUUGAGGAUUGCUCCGACUCUUUUAUUAGACGUUCCUCGAGAUUCUCUUAUAAUGAGCGAGGAGAUCUUUGGUCCAUUGCUCCCCAUCAUCACGGUGAAUAAGCUGGAAGAAAGCUUUGAUUUCAUCAAUGAAGGAACAAAGCCGCUUGCUGCAUAUUUAUUUACAAACGACAACAAGUUCAAGGAGGAAUUUGUGAAGAAUGUUUCUGCCGGGGGUUUGCUUAUCAAUGACACUGUCUUACAUGUUGUGGUUCAUACAUUGCCAUUUGGGGGAGUUGGUGAGAGUGGAAUGGGUGCCUACCAUGGAAAAUUCUCUUUUGACGCUUUUACUCACAGAAAGGCAGUUCUUUAUCGCGGUUUUACAGGCGAUGGUUCGAUAAGGUAUCCACCUUACACUGAUACAAAGCAGAAAACGAUGAAGGCUCUAGUCGCGGGUGAUGUUACUGGUGUAGUACGUGCUCUUUUUGGAUGGUCCUAGGCUGAAAAUAUAUUUACAAAUGUGGCCGCUCCCUGCUGCUACUGAUGUAUUAUUCGUUCGGAUUUUAUUGUAUUUUAUUUUAUUGUGCACAUUGAUUUCAUUGUUACAAUAUUCGAAAUAAACUUAUUAAGCUAGGCUUGUGCUUGGUAA